AUGCCAAAAUUGACAUAUAAAUCUAAAGGCACACUCAAAACUGCCUGUCUCUUAUCGUGGCCUGACGGUCUACCAGAUGUCUCAUAUAUGGAUUUUGUGUAUCAAGUAUUAUUUUUCGUAGUCACAUAUGCUGUACCAAUGUUGGGAAUGACGUUCUUUUAUUCAGCCAUGGGCCGAGUACUAUGGGGCUCUAGAUCCAUAGGAGAAUUAACACAAAGGCAGGUCGACUCAAUUCGAUCCAAAAGGAAGGUUGUGAAAAUGUUCAUUCUAGUAAUUGUGAUAUUUGGUAUAUGCUGGCUGCCCUACCACACGUACUUCAUCUACACUCACUUCAACCCUUCAAUAUUGUAUAUGAAAUAUGUUCAACAUGUGUACCUCGGGUUCUACUGGCUAGCCAUGGCAAAUGCCAUGGUAAACCCACUAAUUUAUUACUGGAUGAAUGCCAAGUUCAGGACGUACUUCAGGACAGCUAUACUCUGCCGUUGGAGGGACAUGCUGCGUCGACGUCGAAAGAGGCCGCUCCCCGAAUCACCACCCGACUGCAUUUCGCAGUCUGGCAGCCGUUCAAGAUCAGGUAUAGAGGAGCUCAAAGACUCAAGAGGAAAUGCAGUGCGCGGAUGGCCGCGCUUGUCGUGUCGAACGCAAGUCGACCUCCAGUCGCAGAGACCGCCUUUGCUUGCUAGCUGCCCGAGGUGCCCCCACAGCACCUAUUAUGAUGCCUACAUUCAUGGACGCAAAGUGUAA